CAGCAGCAAUAAGCAUCAGCAGCAGCAGUCUUGAAAGCAGCUCCACCACUUGAUGCUGCUGGCGAUCUUGGCCGCCGGUGGCUCCGCCUGUCAGCGUUGCAAACUACGCUUCCUCUUCUUCUUCUUCACCAUGGCAUCGUCGGACGCGCUGGAUGAACACUGCGUGCUGCAGCAGCGAGGACGAUCCCAGAGUGACCCGAGCAGCAUCACCGAGGUCCGCCUGGCUGAAGCGCACAGGGCAGAAGGGAUGGACCAGCAGAGGGCGCUGCAUUCAGGUUGCCUGGUAUCAGGGGUUCGCACACCUCCCGUCCACCGCAGCAGCAAACUGGCCAGCCUGGGACGCAUCUUCAAGCCGUGGAAAUGGAGGAAAAAGAAAAAUGAGAAGAUGAAGCCCUCAGCGCCCACUGAGAAGAGAGCAGCUGUAAGACAGAAGAGGGAGGACCUCGUCAUGAGGAACCCUGGGGAGACGGAAACAGAGUCACUUGUUGCCUGUGGGGGUAACAGUGAAGAUCCUGAUACUCACUCUGAGGGUGAAGACAGAGAAGAGGCGGAGCCUGUGGCCCCACUGGCCAGCACCAUUGAAGACCUGGGCAGUGAUUUAGAAGCAUCAACAGUGCAAGAUGUGACUGAGGCCUCGAAGACGGUGGGAGACUCCUGCCAGAGCGAUGACAGCAACUCGCUGAGCGACCCCAGUGAGGAGCCGUCAACCGGGAAGGGGAAAGCAGACGUGACGUUGACCAAGCCCCAGAGACGAGCGAGCACCCCUCCUCUACCCAGCAUGCCAGUCAAACUGCUCCCCAGGCUGGGCAGCCUCGACUGUGCUCCUUCUGUGCCAGUGAAGAAGUCUCCAGCCACCUUACCCAGAAACUUCACACUUCCCAAAGACCCUCAUGGCUCCCUGUUGAGAGGCAGGAUCUCCACACCGACUGGGUCCCCCCACCUCAGAAUGCUGCACCCACAGCUGCCCCCUAGCUGUAUCAUUGAGGAACUGCACUGGGCCUUGGCCACGAAACACAGACAGGAAAGUUUCCAGGGAAAGGAGGUGCGUUCAUCCCCGAAGCGGCGGCUGGAAGGCCGACUGUCCCGCUCAUCCAGCACAGAGAGAGAGCCUGGUGCUGAGUCUGACUGCAAGAACAACUCUGAUGAGAACAAGGAGAACCGACGUCUGGAUGAGUACCUGAGCGACCAGGAGAGCUGGAACCAGUCUGUAAUCUCUGGGACGCUCCCGCGCAGAAUGAGGAAAGAGCUGCUGACUGUGAAGCUGCGGAACAGGCCCAGCAAGCAGGAGCUGGAGGAGCGCAACAUCUUCCCUGUCCGCACUGACCAGGAGCGGCAGGAACUCCGGCAGCAGAUCGAGAUGAAGCUGGCCAAGAGACUGAGCCAAAGGCCGGCGGUGGAGGAGCUGGAGAGUCGCAACAUCUUAAAACAGAGAAAUGACCAGACAGAGCAGGAGGAGAGGAGAGAAAUCAAACAGCGUUUAAACAGAAAGCUGAACCAGCGGCCGACGGUGGACGAACUGCGGGACAGAAAGAUCCUGAUCCGCUUCAGUGACUACGUGGAAGUGGCCAAAGCUCAGGACUAUGACAGGCGAGCUGACAAACCCUGGACCAGACUGUCAGCCGCUGAUAAGGCGGCGAUACGAAAGGAGCUGAACGAGUUUAAAAGUCAUGAGAUGGAAGUUCACUCUUUGAGCAAACAUCUGACGAGGUUCCACCGGCCUUAGCAAGGUUUCUUCUGUGAAGAGUUGCUGAAACCUGGUUCUGUCAGUGAAGACCUGGACCCUGGCCCACAGUCAGUGGGUGUCCUGAUAUCAGGGUCCCAGUCACCCUUGGAGGCUAUGUCUCUGGAAACUGAGCCACCAGUGGACAUGUAGUGAGCUCCACUUCUGCUCAGAGGAAUCAUGACUCUCACUUCACCCUGUCACAGAAGAGCAGCGACGUCGUUCCUUUUUUUUGUUUUCUUUUGUUUUUUGAAAGAUUUUUUUUUUGUGCAUGUGACGGUCGACCAGUGCCACUCCGAUGAUGAAUUCAUUUCAUAUCAACAGUGUAAACGUUCUUCAAACAGAAAUCACUUUGUAUUUACUGUCUGCACAAUACACGUGUUCAGUUUGUAACAAA